AGUUUGAGGCGAGUUCGGCCGAACUGAUUCCUGUCCAAACCAUAUGUCCCUUGCUCCAUUAACCCUACGCGGCCUACUCGUACAGUUCAAAAUAACACCGAAUUGCUCGACCCACUCACUCGAAACUUCAAUCCUUUGAAUAAAAACCAUGGAAACUGAAGAGAUAUUAGCAGAGCUUGACAACGUAGAGACACAAAUUCAAGAUGUCCAAGGCCAGAUACAGGUGUUACUGGAUCAGCAAGAGAAGUUGUACGAGAGACAAUCCGAACUGAAAGCUAUUCUGGAAGCAUGUAGAGCGUUUGGGAGCCCAAAAGCCACUGAUGAUGCUCCCCCCACUGCAUUGGAGGACUGGUCGGGGACAUUUGAUUGGGACUCUAAAGCUGAUCAUUAUAAGUUUCAUGUAUUUGGCAUUUCCAAAUAUCGUGCUAAUCAGCAUGAAAUCAUCAAUGCUGUCAUGAGUGGGAGAGAUGUGCUUGUAAUUAUGGCUGCAGGUGGAGGCAAGAGUCUAUGUUACCAGCUCCCAGCUAUUCUUUGUGAUGGGAUUUCUCUUGUUGUUAGUCCAUUGAUUUCUUUAAUUCAAGAUCAGGUUAUGGGUUUAAAAGCUUUAGACAUUCCAGCAUCAAUGCUUACAUCAACCACUGGGAAAGAGGAAGAAAAGUUUAUAUACAAGGCCCUUGAAAAGGGUGAAGGAGUUAAGAUAUUGUAUGUCACACCUGAAAAGAUAUCAAAGAGCAAAAGGUUUAUGUCAAAACUUGAAAAGUGCCAUCAUGGAGGUCAUCUCUCUCUAAUUGCAAUUGAUGAGGCUCAUUGCUGUAGUCAGUGGGGUCACGACUUUCGUCCUGACUACAAGAACCUUGGUAUCCUCAAGAUUCAGUUUCCCAAAGUUCCUAUGUUGGCUUUGACCGCGACUGCCACUCAAAAAGUCCAAUAUGAUCUGAUGGAGAUGCUGCAUAUUCCAAAAUGUGUGAAAUUUGUUAGCACAGUCAACAGGCCAAAUCUCUUUUAUAUGGUUCGAGAAAAGGCAUCAGUUGCUAAGGUGGUUAUUGAUGAAAUUGCUGAGUUCAUUGAAGAAUGUUAUCCAAAUAAUGAAUCUGGAAUAGUAUAUUGCUUCUCCAGGAAGGAAUGUGAACAGGUUGCAGCAGAGUUGCGUGAGAGAGGAAUUUCAGCAGAUUAUUACCAUGCAGAUAUGGAUGUCAAGUCUCGGGAGAAGGUACAUAUGAGGUGGAGCAAAAAUAAGUUGCAGGUCAUUGUUGGUACGGUGGCAUUUGGUAUGGGAAUCAACAAACCAGAUGUCAGGUUUGUCAUCCAUCACAGCCUGAGUAAAUCGAUGGAAACGUACUACCAGGAAAGUGGCCGAGCAGGACGGGAUGGAGCCCCUUCUGAAUGUCUGCUCUUUUUUAGACCUGCUGAUGUUCCCAGGCAGAGUUCAAUGGUCUUCUAUGAGAAUUCUGGACUGCAGAAUCUUUAUGACAUAGUACGAUAUUGCCAGUCAAAAAGACAAUGUCGCCGAAGUGCCUUUUUCCGACAUUUUUCUGAGUCAUUACAAGACUGCAACGGGAUGUGUGAUAACUGUGCAUUCUCCAGCGAUAUAAUAGAAGUUGAUGUGUCUGAACAUGCAAAAAUGAUGGUUUCGUUUCUGCAAGAUAUGCAAGAGAAUGAUCAACGACUGACAUUGUUGCAACUGGUGGACAAAAUGAAAAAUAAGCACAAAGAAAUAGGUGCUGAGCUUAAGAGAGAAGAGUUAGAGCAGCUUGUUAUACAGCUUAUUCUUGAAAGUGUUUUGAAAGAAGAAUUUCAGCAUACAGCAUAUGCCACAAAUGCUUAUGUGAAAAUAGGACCAUUGGCCAGGCAGGUACUGCAAGGUAUCUAGACCAAAAAUAAUAAUUCUAAGUCCCUUUUCACAACACGAGGAAAAGUCAACUUUGGCAUUUUGGGCACCACAGGUAUCUCUAUCCUCUCAUUCACUUGUUGACCAAAAUUUUGUUGGCUACUAUUCGAUAUAUCUUGGUUUUGGUUUGCCUUCAAUAGCAAACUUAUUCAAAGAUUUGCUGAGCUAAGUCAUUCAAAUGUAAUCAUUGUAUGAAAUAAUUCAACUUUUUUGCUAGAUUUAUUGAAUCACCCAUGACGACCAACUUUUCUUCCGCCUUUUCUGCCAAGGAUAAAUACUUAGCUAUAACUUCAAGCAAAGCUUGUAUCUCUUUUUGUUCAUGAUAUUGCUGUUGAUUCCAUUCCUCAUAUAAUUGGAUGUAGGAAUUCAAUUUAUGUUGUAAACUAGAUUGAUCUCCUAUGAUGCCUGCUUUGAUAACAAAUUGUUAUGGUCCUAGGGUAUGAAUCACGUCAUGGGAUUGUUGAUAGAAAAGAAGCUUAUUAGAGAGAGCUAUUAAUAUUUUAGACUCGUUAACGAGAGUCUUAAAUCUCAUAAUUUUAGGAAUAAAUUCUGCUUGUUCUAUUGAAUAAUAUUAAUCCUCUUAUAUAGUCGGAGUUCAUACAAUCAUAAUACUUCUAAUUAAAGUAGAAGUCGAACUCCUAAAAUAAAAUAACAGAAAUCUAAUAACAAGCUUAUAAAAUAAGGUAAGAUAGAGAUACUAGAGAUAAGAUAGUAGAUAAAUAUAAUCCGUUUGCUAUGGAUGCUACGGAUUUAUUCUAUCCGUUAUUCAUAAUGUUGAUCAAAUUUAAAUGAGAGUUUCACUGUUUCAGCAUGCAGCACAUGCAUAAUGAUAAUCAUUGAGUAUAAUUCAAGGUUCCUAAUUUAUAAUAUAAAACUAUAUAACAUAAUUAUGAUAACAUAUUAUUCUAUUAUAAAACAUAUUUUAAAUUAAAUAAAUGAUACUUCUAUAUUUAUUAAAAUGUGUGAUUAUCAUAUUUUUAUACUUAUUUUUAUUAAAAUUUGAAAUCCUACAACAGUACUAUGCACGCUGGCUCAUUUACGGAUAAUGCUGUGUCCUUUGAUAGUUUUUCUUGUUAUUUUCUCUCACUUU